AUGAUACGAUAUGAUAUGACGAGACCAUCUAUCCACUAUAUCUUACACCGCAGGCCCCGUCACCACAGCUGUAGCCUCAGCAUCCGCAGGUUCCAUCUCCCAUUCGGUUCUAAUUUGGGCAAAAUGCCACGUCUUAAUGCAGAGUCGAAGGAAGCCAUCGAUCGACUGAGAUCCUACAAGCCCCCGCCCACGAACUACGGGUCUGUGCCUCUGAGUAGGCGGGCAGCUGUGUUGGUUCUGCUUUAUGCGGAUACCCGGGGCGACCUCAGAGUCGUGCUUACGGUGCGGGCUAAGACCCUGAGUUCGUUCGCAGGACAAGUGGCAUUACCAGGAGGAAGGGCGGAUAGCCUGGAAGAGACCCCGUUCGACACCGCCAGACGGGAAGCACGGGAGGAAAUAGGCCUUCCAGAUGAUACUACCGCCAGUCUUGAGCGGCGGCAGCUGCCUGGGUCCUUCAGAGUGGAACAUCUGUGCGAGUUGCCGGCAAGCUUUGCAAAGUCAGAGCUUGUGGUACGCCCCUGCGUGGCGCUUUUGCAUUCCUACGACGAGAAGACAGGUGAAGAUGCGGACCCGGAGGUAUCGUUGAUUCCGAAACUCGAUCCUAGGGAGGUCGCCGCCGUGUUCACCGUGUCAUUCCGCAAUUUAUUGUCAUCGAGAGAUGCAAAUGACCCUGAUGGCGACCCAGAAAAGUGGUACCAGGGUGCCUGGGGUGAAUGGCAUGGGUAUCCGUGGCGAAUGCACGAGUUCUUUGUUCCCACCACCAUGACGAAAGUGGUCAAGUCUCAGCCCAAAACAGCCCCGGAGAAGUUUACGUUGGACCAGUCUCGUCACAGAGAAAGUCCUGGCCAGCCCGGUAAGCCGGCGAAGCGCUACCGACUCUGGGGCAUGACGGCGAGAAUCUUGGUCGAUGCAGCCCGGAUCGCAUAUGCCCGCGAUCCGGAUUUCGAGCACAACAACCAGCCGGGCGAUGAAGAGAUGAUUACGGCGUUGCGCAAGAUGGGCCGACUGGGACCAGUGAGGCGCCCGUCAAGAGAGUCGGGGCUUACCCGGGGCUCUGCGCCUGGCUCCAAGCUCGCCUGA